ACUCUAUCAAAUGUCAAUCAGAGUGACGUGUAACAUUACUUCCACGAAAAAGUUUUUAGCCAAAAAAUCUUCUUGAAAGAAUAAAAAAAACAGGCCUAGGUCCAAGAUUUCAAUGUAUAUUUUCGUUUUUAAUUUAUAAAAAUCUUUUUGUUGUUUUUGUCAUUGCUUGAAAAAUCCAGUGAAUUAGAGAGAACAAGAAGAAAAGAAAAGAAAAGAAAAAAAACAACAAUGUCUUCAUCGGCAAUUUUCAUUCUCGAUGUCAAGGGAAAAGUUUUGAUAUCACGAAAUUAUCGUGGUGACAUCGAUAUGGGUGUUAUUGAUAAAUUCAUGCCAUUGCUGAUGGAAAAGGAAGAAGAGGGAUUAAUAUCGCCAAUUAUUCAAACACAAGAAUGUACAUUUGCCUUCAUAAAGACCAACAAUCUCUACAUCGUUUCGACAACAAGAAAAAAUGCAAAUAUUGCACUCGUUUUUGUCUUUCUCCACAAAAUUGUUCAGGUUUUCGUGGAGUACUUCAAAGAACUCGAGGAAGAAAGUAUUAGGGAUAAUUUUGUUGUAAUAUACGAAUUACUGGAUGAAUUAAUUGAUUUUGGAUAUCCACAGACGACAGAUAGUAAAAUCCUUCAGGAAUAUAUAACACAGGAGGGGCAUAAACUUGAAAUUCAACCAAGAAUACCAAUGGCCGUUACAAAUGCCGUCAGUUGGCGUUCUGAGGGUAUUAAAUAUCGCAAAAAUGAAGUAUUUCUCGAUGUAAUUGAGAGUGUUAAUUUACUGGCAAAUGCCAAUGGUAAUGUAUUGAGAAGUGAAAUUGUUGGAGCCAUUAAAAUGAGAGUAUAUCUAUCUGGUAUGCCAGAAUUGAGGCUAGGACUCAAUGAUAAGGUUCUGUUUGAGAGUACAGGACGUGGAAAGUCAAAAUCUGUUGAAUUGGAAGAUGUUAAAUUUCAUCAAUGUGUCCGUUUGUCGAGAUUUGAAAAUGACCGGACAAUAUCAUUCAUUCCGCCGGAUGGUGAAUUUGAAUUGAUGUCAUAUCGAUUGAAUACCCAUGUAAAACCACUCAUUUGGAUUGAAUCUGUCAUUGAACGUCAUGUUCAUAGUCGUGUGGAAUAUAUGAUAAAGGCAAAAUCACAAUUUAAGAGACGUUCAACGGCAAAUAAUGUUGAAAUAAUUAUUCCUGUGCCAGGAGAUGCUGAUUCACCAAAAUUCAAAACAACCAUCGGAUCUGUUCGGUAUGCACCCGAACAGAGUGCCAUUAUCUGGACAGUUAAGUGUUUUCCAGGUGGCAAGGAAUAUCUGAUGCGUGCCCAUUUUGGACUACCGAGUGUCGAAUGUGAGGAUUCCGAAGGGAAACCACCGAUUCAGGUUAAAUUUGAAAUUCCCUAUUUCACCACGAGUGGCAUUCAGGUGCGCUACCUGAAGAUCAUCGAGAAGAGUGGCUACCAGGCUUUACCGUGGGUCCGCUACAUCACCCAAAAUGGCGACUAUCAGCUCAGAACGACUUAAUUUGAAUUAAAAAAAAAAAAAAAAAAAAUAAAUCUAGUGCGCAUUCACAUUAAAAACAUUAUUAAUUUACAAGUUCGCAAUUAAAGAAAUUUUUAGAAAAAAAAAACAAAAGA